UUUCUUGCUUCCGUUUUCACUUUUUCCGAGCAUAUCAUAUGAUAAAAACAUUUCGAAAUGUUUACAAAUUCGAAGGACUUGUCAAACGUGUGUCCAAAAAACACUGUGACUUUGUGGUUAAAUUAAAUUAAAACGCUUUGCGGUUUACCUACCUACUUAAUCCUUAAGAACUAGUUUUAUUUAAAAAAUUGUCUUAUAUUUGAUUGGUAAUAAAUCGAAUCAACUUAAAAUAUAUCCCAAUGGAUACAGUCUAUCCAGAGCCAAUGUCAAGAUUACAUAGACGUGUUGUUCCAAAAAGGAGGAAAGGUGGUUCAUCAAGGUAUCGCACGCAACCUGUGACGUUUUCCGAAAUUCAGGAAGUAGACGAGGAAAACGUGUCAGAAGACGCAACAGCUCCGGCCCCUUCUUCGUCAAAAUCAGAGCUCAACCUUCUCAACAGUAAAUUCGAAGAGUUCAAAAAGGCCAGGGAUAUUAUCUUGAUGGGUAAAACAGACGGCGACUCAAAUGAUGGAAAAAAGAAUCCACUGCCUCUCACAACGUCUCGAUCGACAAGCAAACUACCCUCAAGGCCGUCAUUUUAGGGAUUAAGGCCGUUUUUUUUUACUUAUUAGCGUUUAGAAUAGUUACCUUAAUCUAUUUAUGUGAUCUAUUGAAUAGUAUUCUAGAAAAGAAUUGGAGAUUGUUAAAGAUUUUGAAAGUAUCUAUUUAUUUACGACGUACUUGCCUAUAUACAUACAUUAUUAUGCGGUAGGUAUGUAUUUUUACAGCGUUGCCUGAAUGAAUUGCCUUUUUAAAAUUGAUUGGUUGAGGCUAAUCCUAAAUGAAAAUAAUAUAUUUUAGACAAUUUUACAAACUACCUAGUCAAAUGAAAUAAUUUUGUAUUUGUACCUAUCAUUAUUUAUGGUAGCGUAAGUCUAUUUCUCCACCUUUCUUUCUUUAGCAACAAAUCUUUGUUAAUAUACCUAUUUAUUACUUUUAUACAUACAUAUAAUAUGGAAUUAAAAAGAAGAUCUACUAUUUAAUAUAUAUGAUCCUCUCUACGCAAUAAUUCGUCACAUUUUAGAAGCAAAAGCAAUUUUUAUACCUGUAAUAUUAUCUAUAUAUGUAAAAGAAUCUGUAAAUACUACUAAUGAAAUUAUAAAGUAGUCAAUCAUUAAAUGUUUAAGAUUCAUAGAAACGUAAACCUGAUAAGCUGAACAAAAAUUAUAAAAUAAUAUACUUACCUAGUAUGGGCAAGGUUAAACUAAACUGACUUGAAGACGUUAUUCUUUGGACAGAAACUUUACAACCUUUCAAAACUAGUGGACAAGUGAAUAUAGUGAAUAAACAGUAGCAUUUCUUAUUGUCGCGUGCUUUCAACCAGGGCACUGCAAUAUAUAUUAGGAUAUUUUGGAAGUGAUAUAUUUUAUUUAAAAUUUCAGGAGAAAAUUGAUUUAAAACAUUAUGUGGUAUUUAUAAAAAGGAGCUUCGAAA